AUGCCGACACCAGCCAACCUGCCUUCAACCGUCUCCAAGUCACUGAAUGCCGAUAUGAAGCAGUUGACAAAUUCUGUUCUCCCCGGUCUCGAAUCCAUGUUUGCAGAAUCUACACGAUGCGUCGAGCAACGAGUUGCCCGAUCUAUCUAUCCAGAAUUUGUGAAGCAUCAGCUUGCCAUCUCCACCUCGGCAGCUCUAUCCGGCACUCGAGUCUUCAAAUAUCCUGGUCUUGCCGAGUCAUUCUGCUUGACGGACGCCUUGAGCCCAGACUACCCCAUCAUCGCCGCAUCAGAUGCUUUUGUUUCUAUCACUGGGUACCCAAAAGUCGAGGCUCUGUCAAGCAACUGCCGGUUCUUACAAGGGUCACUGACGGACCAGGACACCGUCAAACGCAUCCGGGAUACUGUCGCGCGGGAGGAGGAGUCGUUGGAGCUCGUCCUCAACUACCGGAGAGACGGCACCCCGUAUUGGAAUCUUCUAUUCACCUGUCCGCUCACGGACUCUUCCGGCAAGCUACGAUACUACCUCGGGGGGCAGAUCAACGUUUCGGACAACGUUGGUGGCUACAAAGACCUUCUCCGGAUUCUCAACUUUGGGCCGGCGCUAGAUGAGGUCAAGGAAGAGACCUCGGGUCGGGAGUCCCGAGUCAGUCGCCGCAUGAGCCGUACGAGCAGCCGAGACAGAAAACAGGAACGGCGGACAAGUCUCCGCAAUAGGGAUAGUCUACACAACAAAGGGCCCAAGAAAAGCCUCUUCCAACCAUUCCGAAAGCAUACGACGCACAACAGCAACAAUCAGGAAAACACGUCACCGUCGCAGGGCGUUGGCCUCGGCUUAGAGCAGUUGUUAACGGUUUCGAGCUCAGAAGAGCAGCUUUCGGCACCCACUAAGCUGGGCUCUGUUUACUCUGGCUACAGCCGAUUCAUUGUUUUGCAAAACACAGACGGACCCUCCGCCUUCCCGCCAAGGUCAUCGUCUCUGCCUGCAGACCCUAACAAGAGAAAGGCCGCCCAGCUGAGUGUUGCCUUUUGUUCAGCCGCCGCGCUGGAGGCGCUCGGCCUCGGCCUUUUUGCCGAUAGCAUUACCCACCGAGACAUUUUUACCGUCCUUUCCGACCUUGCGGACUCGCCAUCGAUUACGAAGAGCUUCAAGAACACGGUGCGCGAACGGGUGAUUCAGAAUGGAAAGACGGCUACUCUAGAUAUCAUGCUUGGCGGUGGCUACCUCGCACGGAAGGGCAGUCUCAUUGGCCUCGGCGGCCGUUCCUCAAAAGACGAGUCCGACGGCAGCACGAAGAAACAUGGACGGCCUGUCAGUAGGUCGGGUUUUGCCAGUCUUGUGAGCGAGGCAGGCAAGAUGGAGAAGCUCACCAGCCAAUGGACGCCAUUGAAGAAUGCGGAGGAGAAGGUUGAGUGGAUAGUUGUUAUCAUCACACCUAUGAAAUAA